UUUUACGCGCCGUGACGCUUUCCGUCGCCCGGUGCGGAGGAGGAGGAAGCGGCGUCCAAAGCAGUGACACGGAAGGUCACCUCGCGGCUUUCUUUCGCUUUCAAUUCAACUCGGUGGCGGUGCUUUUCUGCAGGACCGGGUGGAGCGUGUUGGCCAGCGAGUGGGGAGGGCGCCUUGGCUUUCCUGCUUCGUGCCGCUUUUCACAGCUCUUGGGAGCAGCCAGGACGCCCCGACAGCUUUUGGAGAAAGAAGGAAAAGAAUCGCACCCACCUUGUAUAUGAGAUCUCUUGUAUGUGAAAUCCCACUCAUCUUGCAUAUGAAAAAAAUCUCCCCCAUCUUGUGUAUAUGAAUUAGCAGCAGGUGAAACUGGCACAAUGGUACAUGCUGAAACUUUUUCUCGUCCUCUAAGUCGGAAUGAAGUUGUUGGUUUAAUUUUCCGCUUAACAAUAUUUGGUGCUGUCACCUAUUUUACAAUUAAAUGGAUGGUAGAUGCAAUUGAUCCAACAAGGAAGCAAAAAGUAGAAGCUCAAAAACAGGCAGAAAAGUUGAUGAAGCAGAUAGGUGUGAAAAAUGUUAAGCUUACUGAAUAUGAAAUGAGCAUUGCUGCACAUCUUGUGGAUCCUCUUAGCAUGCAUGUAACAUGGAGUGAUAUUGCAGGCUUAGAUGACGUUAUUACAGACCUGAAAGACACAGUCAUUUUGCCAAUCAGGAAAAAACAUCUGUUUCAGAACUCCAGACUUCUACAACCACCAAAAGGAGUGCUGCUCUAUGGCCCUCCAGGUUGUGGUAAAACCUUGAUUGCUAAAGCUACAGCAAAGGAAGCUGGUUGCCGCUUUAUCAAUCUUCAGCCCUCAACAUUGACAGACAAGUGGUAUGGCGAAUCACAGAAGCUAGCGGCAGCCGUUUUUUCUCUUGCUGUAAAACUUCAACCCUCUAUCAUCUUUAUUGACGAAAUAGACUCUUUUCUACGAAGUCGUUCAAGUUCUGAUCAUGAAGCCACAGCUAUGAUGAAAGCCCAAUUCAUGAGUCUCUGGGACGGUCUAGACACUGACUAUAGUUGCCAAGUAAUAGUGAUGGGAGCUACCAAUCGCCCUCAGGAUCUUGACUCUGCCAUUAUGAGAAGAAUGCCUACAAGAUUUCAUAUCAAUCAACCUGCACUAAAACAGAGGGAGGCAAUCUUGAAACUUAUUUUGAAAAACGAAAAUGUGGAUAGGCGUGUGGAUCUUCUGGAAGUUGCUAAAGAAACUGAUGGGUUUUCAGGAAGUGACUUGAAAGAAAUGUGCCGUGAUGCUGCGUUGCUGUGUGUCAGGGAAUAUGUAAAUUCUGCAUAUGAAGACAGCAAUGACGAUGAUGAAAUUCGCCCAGUGCAACAAAGGGAUUUGCAUCGAGCAAUUGAGAAGAUGAAGAAAUCAAAGGAUGCAACAAAUCAAAGUGUUCUAAUGCAUGUUAGUUUAGAUUAAGGUUAUUCUUAGCUUCUUUUGGUUAAUGGUGAUUUAAAUAGUAGAAGUCAAUUGGAAACAAAAAAUAUCCUUUUAACGAUGGUUUCUGGAAUUGUUUUUAUAUGCUGAUACCUAAGUUAUUGAAACCUAGUAAUGUUGCAGAAUUGGAUACAGUCCGUGUGAUAGAUCAUGACAUGGAGGAAUAUAGUCUUGUUCAAACCAAUGUCCUGUUUCCUUGUUGCAGCCUUAAAAAUCUGUCAGUAGGUUCUAGCAUGCACAUUGUUUCUCUGGGAGGGAGGGAGAGCCUAUGUAUAUAUGUAUGAGAUGAUGAUGUGUGUAUAUAGGAUGUAUAUGUAUAUCCACACAGGUUUUUAUAUAGAGACAUAAUAUGUAGAAGACUUGAAUAUGAAACCCCCUUUUUUUUUUCUUUUUACUUACUGUCUGGAUCAAAUUAGGUCACAGGAUUAAAAUACUAAGUACACAGUUUCCUACUUUUGUGUAGUUCCUUAAUGCAAAGUCAGAAACUUUGCUUUUGGGAGUGGGAAAUCUGUUACGUAGAGAAAUUCUCAUUUCUCCUUUCCGUCACAGCUCACAGUAUGCGCUGGUGCCAAUGACCUAAAAUGUGUGCAAGUCUAUCAAUCUUUUCAUUUUAUAUGAACCUACAAACUGCAUUCUUUUUAAUGCCUUUUUGUAUAAUCAAAACCUACCAUUGUGGGCAGAACACUGGAAACUACGUAUCGUUAAUAUUUAUUUUUCUAUUUCUGAAUUGUGAAUAAUGUCCUUUCUUCAAUUACUGGACAUAAAGGCUGCCAUUGCUAAAUUUCCUUCUUUGCUGCUCGUAACUUUCUAACAGUUGUAAGUGGAUACAACAAAAAUUGUAACACCAAGGACAAUGGCUUUCAAUUUUAGUUAAAUUUCUUUCUAUAAGACAUGGGUCUUGCAGAGAGUAGGAAUUGAAAUAAUCAUAAUGGGGAAGAUCGGAAUAAUGAGAUUUAUUUCCUUAAAUCCAUUUACUGUUACUGUUUUCUUCCCUGAAUUCAUAUCUCUGCACUAAUUCUAGAUAUACUUGUAAGCUUCUUUUGUUGGAGUAUAGAACAAAAAUGCUCUUCAAACCAUUCAUUAAAGAAUGGUUUACUUUUUUUCAGUGAGUAUAUCCAAAUUUCAAAAUGGAAAAUUUGUGGCCAAGGAAAACACAGUUCACAGUUAACUGUUAAACCCAAAAUAAAGCAGAUUUUGUGAAAUGAAAGAAUUCUUUAAAAGGUCCAACCAAGUCAGCCCAGUUUAGAACUUUAGUUCCAUUUCAACUGGUUAUUCAGAAUAUUUGGGAUUAAGAACUGAGUGGGUGAAUGAUGCAAUUUGAUGAUCAAAUUGCUUUUGCAUUAUGGAUAACAUUAAAAGAAAAUGGGAAUGGGGGGGGUCAUCCCAUUCUAUUUUCCCUCUUUUAUUCCUAAAUCAGUCCCAUCCGAUCCUCUUGUACAUAUUGUUGCCACUUCUGAAAAGAAAAAUACUUGAAAAAUAUCUAUGCUUCUGGGCACCUUCCUCUGGAUUGCAGCCAUAUGUAUAAAUACAGCUAGAGAUAUCAGUAAGUUGACUUUUUAAAGUCAUUUACACAAAUCUCUUUUGCAAUAUUAAAUCCUGGGACAAAGUCCAUAGGCACAUCGUGGUAAAGUACUUGAUUUAUAUAGUGUUCAAUUAGGCACUUCAUUUCAAUGAGCUGUACUGUAUUCUGAUAGUAAUUAUUCGUUGUUCACGUCUCAGAUCUUAUUCUACUUAAUUUCAGCCAAACCUCAAAGUAUAAAAUUAGUAACUUUAACCACUUCACAGAAGUGCUGUAUCUUUCCAGUGUUUUCUAUGGCUUGUAAAUAAAGGUCACACAAUGAGUCUCUGUCGUAA